AUGCUGGAUGGCUUCUGCCUUGUGGAAAAUCACAAGGCUGGAAACGAGGCCACAUCGGGAGAAGAAGCUCACAUUGCCUAUGCUUACGACUUUCUGUACUUGCCCAUUGAUUUCAAGAGUAAGAGAAGCCGAGGUUUUGCAUUUGUCAACUUCACCAGCUCAAGAGCUGUGUGGAGCUUCUACGAUUCCAUCCACCUCACAGAUUGGGGUUUUCUCGAGAAAUUCAAAUGGAAAAAAAGAAUCGAGAUUGGCUGCGCCAAAAUCCAGGGGAAGGAAGAGCUGGUGAAGCACUUUUCGGGGUCGGUUUUCCAGUGUGGAACCGAUGAGUACCUGCCGGUGUGCUUCAGCCCGGCAAGGGAUGGCUCCGGGCAGCCGGUUGAGCUAACCGUCGUCGGAAACCGUCGCUAUAAUCAUUAGGCUAAGGCCUAUGACAUAGCAUGGUGUUGGUUGGGCUCGUCUCUUCAUUUUUAGAUACUACAAUCAGUUUUUUCCUCGUUGCGUGUGCUUUUCUCCUUGAGAGGGGCAGAUCGGACACCAUCUUUUCACUGAUUUGCCUCUCCCUUGAUAUGUCAGCAUUGCAUCAUUCUUCUUUAACUCUAAUUGCAGUUUAAAUCCACUAACUAAUGACUCGUUUUUGCAAUUUUAAAUACAGUCUUUUGUUUUUAGCAUAGUGAUGAUGAUUCCGGCCCUAGUUAUGGUCCCACACAUAUUAGGGCUAGAAUCCUCACCAUUUUCUUCUUAUGCUAAGAUCGAAAGAUUGCGUGAAAAUUGCAAAAUGAGUCCAAGAUUGUGAAUUAUUCUGCAAUCAAGUCCCUUUUCUUUUCCUCUAGCUAGCUACUAUUUUAGGUAUCGGUGUGUUUUGAGUUCUGCCCAUUUUUCCAAUUUAAGGCAAAACUCUUAAACACCAUGUUUGUCAAGGAAAUAGAAAAAUGUUCGAGUAAGACAAAUUUAGGGUUUGUUCCAAACCCAUUUCAGUGUAGCAUAU